GGGAAGGGGGCUGACGACCGCUCCUUUGGCAAAAACGAAACCCUGACAAAGCUUGUCACGGGCUUGAUUUUUUUUUCUCCAGAUUUUUCCCGACGUUGUGUAUGUGAAAAUGUCACCGACGUCAGCUUUUUUUUUCUUCUUAUGCCUUACGUGUGCCAUGGAAUGCGACCGCAACGCGAAUAAAACGGCUCAGCCAGCCUUAGAUGCCCAAGGCGACGUAGACGCAGCCAAAUGCAUCGGCCCGUACCCCUCCACGGAGGUCACUCGAGCGCAUCGUAGACCGGCUCGGUGUCCAAUGGCGUCGCUCCAGAGUCCCGGCGUAAUGAUCAACCGACAUGGGAAUCCAGACACCGUCAACUCGGGAUGGUUUAAUAUACAGAUAUCAGGCACUGAUGCUAACCUAGCAUUGAAUGAAACUCACCCAUUCGAGUACCGAGCUGAAGGUGGUAGUCGACGUCAAAUUCUUCAUAUAUACCGCUAUUACUGGUGCAUUGGUGACAUAGUGAGCGAUUUUCCCGAAUGCAGGUCUUUGGAAGUGCGGCCGUGAUUGUUCUCGAACGUCCGUAGAUGGGGGUCAACUGAUGCUUCGUCUAAGUGAUAGAAUUCUCCCUGGCGAACAUACCGAAACACGUAUUUGACAAUUGAGAAUGA